AGAGUCUAAAAGAGAGAAAGAGAGAGAAUAAGAGGUGGGAGACAGAGAGCACGAAUGAGCAGGUGAAAAGAGAGACUGGGUACUAGGAGAGACACUGCCUAAGAGACAAAGGAGGUGAGAGAUUGUCUCAGUGCCCCAGCAGCGACACCAUCUUCUUGCCCCUGUCAUUGGGACCCUAGAGCUGGCCCUUGAUGGAGGAGGGUAGACCUUGGAGCAGCCUCAGCCUGGCCAGCAGUGCCUCUACCAUCUCUUCACUGAGCAACCUGAGUACCAAGAAGCCCACCCGGGCAGUAAACAAGCUCCACGCCUUUGGGAAGAGGGGCAAUGCACCCAGAAGGGAUCCCAACCUCCCCGUGCACAUCCGAGGCUGGCUUCAUAAGCAGGACAGCUCCGGGCUCCGGCUGUGGAAACGCCGCUGGUUCGUCCUCUCCGGCCAUUGCCUCUUCUAUUACAAGGACAGCCGCGAGGAGAGCGUCCUGGGCGGCGUGCUGCUCCCUAGCUACAGUAUCAGGCCAGACGGGCCGGGGGCCCCUCGAGGGCGGCGCUUCACCUUCACCGCAGAGCACCCAGGCAUGAGGACCUAUAUUCUGGCUGCGGACACAUCAGAGGACCUGCGGGGCUGGCUACGGGCGCUGGGCCGGGCCUCCCGGGCGGAAGGGGAAGACAGUGGGCAAACCAGGUCACCUGCACGUCCCCAGCCAGGGGAGGGCCCUGGCGGUCCCGGCGGUCCCCCAGAGGUGAGCAGAGGAGAAGACAGGCGAACCUCAGAAUCACCGGAGGUGGCUCGGCUGUCCAGAGGUCGAGGUAGACCCGGGCUGCUCACUCCCAGCCCGACAGCCGACCUCCAGUCUGGAUCCUGGAUUCGGAGGGCGAGGAGCCCGGACCUGUUCACACCCCUCUCUCGCCCUCCCUCUCCGCUGGGCCUCCCUCGUCCCCGUUCUGCUCCUGCGUGGCGACCUCCUCCCUCCUCAGGAGACACAGCACCCCCUGCUCGACCUCACACCCCCCAGAGUCGCAUCGAUGUCCGGCCCCCUCUAGAUUGGGGCCCUCAGCGCCAGACCCUCUUGCGUACCUCUACUCGCCAUCGAGGACUCUCCUCCGAGGCUCCGGGAGGACGGCCCCCCAGGAGCCCCCAGCGCUGGAGUAGGGAGCCCAGAAUACAGACUCCCUCAGCCUCCUCCACUUAUCUCCAGCUCCCCCCGAGACCCCCUGGGACCCGGGCCUCCAUGGUUUUAUUGCCAGGCCCACCCCUGGACUUAACCUCCCACCAAAGCUUGGAGACAGAUACUCUGUUGACCAAAUUGUGUGGGCAGGACCGGCUCCUGAGGAGGCUGCAGGGGGAGAUAGAGCAGAGGCAGGAGGAGAAGGAGCAGCUAGAAGCAGCCCUGGAGUUGACUCGGCAGCAGCUGGGCCAAGUGACCAGGGAGGCUGGGGCUCCUGGGAGGGCCUGGGGUCGCCAGCGCCUCCUGCAAGACCGACUGGUCAGUGUGAGGGCCACUCUUUGUCACCUGACUCAGGAGCGAGAGCGGGUUUGGGACACAUACAGCGGCCUGGAGCAGGAGCUGGGCACGUUAAGAGAGACUCUCGAGUACCUGCUGCACCUUGGGUCCCCCCAGGACAGAGCAUCUGCUCAGCAGCAGCUGUGGAUGGUAGAAGACACGCUGGCAGGUCUGGGUGGCCCCCAGAAACUGCCCCUCCACCCUGAGCCUGACUCCCCAUCGCCCGUGCUCCAAGGCGAAGCGUCCUCAGAGAGGGAGAGCCUGCCUGAGUCCUCGGAACUGAGCUGCCCUCAGUCCCCUGAGGCUGACUGGGGGCGGCCCCCUGGUGGCGACAGAGACCUCACCAGUUCUCGCCCAGGUCUUGCGUCUCCGAAGAUCUCCCGGGCUUCCAGCCCUGAGAGUCGCCAACCCCCUUCACCGCAGCUGGGAACCAAGGCUCCCAUGGCCCGGCCCCGGAUGACUGCUCAGGAGCAAUUGGAGCGGAUGCGCAGAAACCAGGAAUGUGGACGUCCCCUCCCUCGCCCUGCCUCUCCCCGGCUUCUCAUGCUGGGGAGAACACUGUCCCCAGCCAGACACCAGCCUGACGUGGAGCAAAGGCCUGUCCUGGGACACUCAGGAGCCUCGAAAUGGCUCAGAAGCUCGGGGUCUUGGAGUAGUCCCAGGAACACCACCCCUUACUUGCCGACAUCCGAAGGUCACCGGGAGCGGGUCCUCAGCCUCUCCCAAGCCCUGGCCACUGAGGCGUCGCAGUGGCACAGAAUGAUGACUGGUGGCAGUUCCGACUCCCGGGGGGAUCCCCUCCCCCCCGCGCCGCCGCCUCCCUCGGAUCCCACGCCCCAGGCGACCCCGCCCCCAAGGUCUCCUCCGGCGGCGGAUUCAGGCCCCGCCCCCUGGGAGCCCACCUGGGAUUCCGGGUCCGCCCCGCCCACCCUGGCCCAAGCCGAGGGGACGUGGCCUCUGAGAGUCACUCUGCUGCAGUCCAGCUUCUGAGCUGCCCAAACGCGGCAGCCGAUCGGGCCGCGAGGGCGUGGCCCGGAGGUGCCGUCCGGAGACCUGAGACCCCUCAAGCCGUCUGGGGACGCACGCUGGUUCCCGCCAGCGGCCUGGACGGGGAGUGGUUUCUAUGGCCAAAGUUCGGUUUUCCCAACACUGUCCAGAUUUGGAUUAAAACUUUGAACUCUCA